CAGAAAAGUGCAUUCUUCCUACCCCAACAAAAGUGCAUCGUUGUUGUUUUUUGUUUUUGUUUUAUUGUGCUAAUAUACCUAUACGUAGUUUUUUUUUUGGAUUUAUCAAUAAUCCUAUCCAAAAUGUACUGCACGUUCUGUAAGGAAGGUGCAGCCCAAUUGACACCGCACCACUUAUGCAGUUCAUGUGUAGUUCACCUAGAGGACUGCAGCCAUUCGAAUCAGGUAGGGCAGCAAACUACCGGCAUGGUGAUAAUUCCCAAGAAAGAACCAAUUGAGGAGGCUGAAUGUGAUGCAUGCUCAGGUCGGUUUCCGGAGGAUGAUUUACCCGAGCAUAGGGCGAAAUGUUCGACACGAUUGGUGUUCCGAUGUGGCCUUUGCAGCGCUAGCUAUUUGAGCAUGGAAGCACUUUGGAAUCAUUUGGAUUCGCAUGAGGAAGCGAAUGGAAGUAAAGAUUCGUACUGUAGCGAAGAAAAGGUCAGCUACCGGUUGCAUCUGUGCGCUUUGUGUAACGAUCAACGAGGUUAUCAGGACGAUGAUUAUUGGGAGCAUAUUCACGAAGAUCAUGAUGGAUUUUAUCUCAAAUGCUCCGAAUGCGGGGAUCAUUUUCGAUCGAAAAAGCUACAAACUGAUCAUGCUUUGAAUCAAUGUAAGAGUCGACGGACAACGGACGUACCGGAUUUACUAGUGAAGCAAGAGUUUAUUAGCCUAGAUCUUCCAAUGCACGUUGAUAGAUUUGAUGAUUGCAGUGGAAGCAAUGAAGAAUCACCAAAAAACCCCGAGGAAGAACCCGAAGGUGAUAAUAUGGAGGUGGAAGAAAAAACAAUGGCUGAAUUGCCAUCAAAAGCGAUUACUGAUACGAAAUGUCCGCACUGUGCAAAGGAACUACAUCGUGCAGCUGCGCUGGCCGUGCACGUCAAAGAUUGUCACACGCCAACAAAAUGUGAUCAAUGUGAUCUCGUCUUCGAAGGAAGGAGUCGAAUGUCGUAUCAUAAGUCCAAAACUCACCGGACACCAAAGUUCGUCUGCCCACACUGUCCGAAAACGUUCCACUUGAAGAGUACCUAUCAGCCGCAUCUGCAAGCCCACCUCAAAGCGGACAGCUAUCCGUGUGACAUUUGCGAGAAACAGUGCAAGGAUCUGCGGUAUCUCGCUCAGCACUACAGACGGUACCACUAUCCGUAUGCUCAUUUCCAGAAACUGUUUGCGGCACUAAAAGCACGUGAGCAAGGUGACAACACUGCCAUGGAUGAGUUUAAAGUCGAGAACGGAGCGAUUUUAAAAGAGCAAAUCAAGGAAGAAGAUACGGAAUCGGAGUCAGAUGGCGAACCGGUUUCAGCGAGUGAUCACAAGGUUCGUAAAAAUGUCAGUCAUAUCACGUGUAACUCGAAUCUUCAAGACAUAACAGAUGGAAAACCAUGUUCGACGGUAGGGUCAAUAUCCAUUAAACCCCCCGAUGAUCUGAAAACUUCAAAACCAGUUGUACUUAAACCAAUCGGCACCGUGUGUCCCUACUGUGAUAAAGAUUUCAAGAACACAAAAAUCGUAACUGGACACAUAGAAUGUUGCCAUGAGCCAAUCGUUUGCGACGUUUGUGGAAUAACUUCACAUGGCACGACCGAAGCUCGUGAUCAUAAGACGAAAAUUCACGCACAAAAAUUGUUCGAAUGUGUCCACUGUCCGAAGAAGCUCCAAAGCAAGACGUUUUACAUCGUCCAUCUCACAAAGCAUCUGAACGAUCGUAAAUUUAGUUGCCAAACAUGUGGCCACAGGUAUAACAAGUUGGACAAUCUCAUUAGUCACUCGUCCAACUUUCACAAGAUUGAGAACGCAUGGGUGAAAGUUCAUAGCACUUUCAAAGAUUGUUACUUACAAGAUCCUGAACUUGCCUUCAAACACGGUUUGCAGAAGGAUCACAUCGCUUUGAUAACUGGAGAACCGACGACUGAACAACCUCUCCUAGAUGAGAGUUAUCAGCCGUCAACCGACAAACUAAUCCAAUCCAUCAAUCCAAUGCAAUCGAAUUCGCCACAUCCUCCAAAAUCCGCUAAAACCGAACCCAGAUGUCCCCACUGCGACAAAACCUACUCCAACCGGUGGCGAUUACAAUCUCACAUCGAUGAAAGGCACGGUCCGGCCACCUCGAACACUUCCAAAACCGCACUGAAGUGUUCCCACUGCACCAGGGUGUUCUACGCCAACUGGAGACUUAACGCUCACUUCACCGAAUGCCACCUGGAAGUCCAGUGCGAAAUUUGCGGGGAAAGUUUUGCCGGAAAGGUGCAAGCCCGGUAUCACCGGAAGAAGAGUCACACCGAUCCGCAGCUCCAGUGUCCCCAUUGCGAGGACAAGUUCCACCUGAAGGUACAACUGACGCGGCAUUUGACCAAGCACGUGCAGGAUAGGAAUUUUCCAUGUGAGAUAUGCGGUGCCAGGUUCAAAGAUCAGCACUAUCUCAAUAACCACAUUCAACGGAUGCACUACUGGAAUGAACCGACUAGUGCCGGGGAUGAAGGAACCAGUAAUGUUGAGUCAUUGGAUAAAGAGGCUCAGUCAUCACAAAUAGAAUUUGUUACGAUCAAGCAGGAGAUGGAUGAGUCCUAGGUGUAGCUGUAUUUUGGUGGAUUUCGAUCUUUGUAGUGGGCCACAGCUUACCAUUUUACUAGAUCUUCAAGGGUGUUGAAGAGUGAAACACAAAAUUUUAAUAAAAAAUUCGCAUGACUUUGAGUAGCUCUGUAAAGCUCUCAAGAUAAGUUUAA